AGAUGAUAAAAUAAACCUGGAUCACCCCCGAAGGCCCAAGAUCUCAAAAAAUAACAUCUUCAUUUCACAUCAUUCAAAUAAAAUUAUAAUGGUUACAGCUGUUGAACAACAUUUGAAACCUAUUGCUUCAUUCUUGAAAGUAAAGCUAAAAACCAAUGCAAAAGACGGAAAGAGCCCUGGGAAUGGAGUGAUUUCCACAAUAUUUAAAUUAUUGGAAGAUUCAAAAUCAAACUUGGGACCAUCUAAUACGGGCGAAAGUGCUGAAAUCCAGCAGUGGAUUGAAUACGGACUUCUCUAUUUGUCUAAAACACAAGGUUCAAAUCUCAACUUCAUCUUAUGUGAAUUGAAUGGAUUUCUAUCUACAAGAACCUACUUUGUUGCACAUAGGUUCACAAUAGCUGAUGCUUUUUUAUUUUACAAGUUACACACUGUCCUGGAAUCACUGGCAACCCUGGAAAAGGAGAGAUAUCUGAAUGUCUGCAGGUGGUUUGAUAACUUACAGGGUGAUAAUACUCUGAGACAGAAUAGAACAUUGAUUAAUUUCAGUACAAACUACCUGGGUCGGUCAUCGUGCAGGGGACCUAUAUAGAGUUACUAUUUACCCCAAAGGACUGUCUAGGACCCGUUUGAAUCGUUUUGUUAUAACAUAACAAUAAGUUUUUAAAAAUUUUAUUCUUAGAACAUUUUUGUCUAUUAAAACACAAACAUGUUAAAUGAUAUUUUAUUCAAUUCACUGUUGAACUCCUUUAUAUAAUCAGUUAACAUUCCUAGUAGGUAUAUAAUUUUUUUAUAAGGCAUAUUAAGUAUUAGGCACUACUAAGUCUUGUUACCAUGUCAACAUAAUAUAAUAUAUAAUCUUAUACAUAAAAAACGGCAGGCACUUAGUUCUUUUGAAUAUGAUAAAAAGUUUAACAAUGUACAACCUAAAAUUAUAAAAUUUCAAAAAGCUUAUACAAUAUUAUUGGCACAUUAAAAAUAAAUAUUUUUGGUUAUUGAAAUGAAUAAUAUAUGUAAUUCAAAUAAGCAGAAACACAGCACCAUUCAAGAUGUAAGGACACUCAAUUAAGUAAAGAAUAUACAAUUCACCAAUUCGAAAAAUGGCACUGGGGUCAAGAAUUUUGUAUACACUUUUAUACAAUGAAAUAAAUAUUGAACACAACAUAUAGAUAAUCGGAACCCUAAUUAUCGAUGUCAUUUUCCAUAAUCGAUAGAGCUUUUUAUCAAGAUGACAAUAUCCUAACGUCAAAUAACCAUUGAAAUCAAUAACAUAGGCAAAAGGUUCAAUUGGAACCCAUUCGUGAGACAAGAAUUUUUACUUGCGCCUAUGAGGCAGCCCAAAUAUGUUUUCUAGUGUUGUCAACAAAGAAAUGUAAUGUUUUAUGAUGUAUUUAUAAGUCACUUUGUAAAUGGCCUCAAAUAUCCUCAGUUCAUAAGAAGUGUAGUCAUAAAAUCUUAAAUCCUUUAGACAGCUUUAGUGUUCAGAAAUUUAGUACCUUUGAUUAGACAUUGUUUGAUUAGAUGGCUCAUCUGAGUGAAAAGUCCUACUACACAGACUUCCGGAAAUUUACACCCACCAUGAAACAGUUAGUAGAAAACACUUAUAUAAUGAAUGAAAUGGGCACCUUAUCAUCAUAGAAAAGAAAAUGAUAAUUUGCACAGAUUCGUCAAAAAGGAAAUUGAUAUAUCUGGAAAUAUUUUAUAUUGUGAGCAAUCAGCAAGAUAAAGUGACAGGAGUGAAGAGAUACUGCACAGAGAAGACAAAAUUUGGGAUGUAUAUAAUAUUUGCAGCAAGGUAUUUGGAGAUGAAUGCAUAAAUAAAAAUUCAAUUCAUUGGUUUUGUUAGAUCCCUGCUCGGGCGCCAAAUGUAACGAACAUCUCUCUGCUCUCUGUAUGACUAAUAUUUUCCCAAAAACAUCUUUUCCUAUGGCGCCAAAUGGAACGAUCAUCCUUCUGCUGUCUGUAGUCGAAAACUAUCAAUUUUUCUAUUGGCAAAUUUACAUAAAUUAAUUUUUUCUCAUCUAUCCUCAUUUCCUGGACUAGUUACUCAUCAUUUCCCUGUCCACCAGUAUCACUGUGUUCACUAUAGUUCAUCCCAUCCAUUAUACCAAAAAUUUUCCACAACCACUGCGACAACUCACUCGAACCUAAAACUCUUAGUCGACGACUCCUGCUUGCUACUUCUCGUCAUCGAAACGGUCUUCUUCUCGAUGAUCUGCUGCGUCACGGACUUCUUGAGCAUCCGCUGCUCCAGCGUCUCCUCGUCCUUCAACACGGGGGCUUCGUUGAUAUACUCCACAUUCGUAGCGAAAGACGACUGGUAUUGGGUGUCGCCAUUAGUAAACGUCUCGAAGCUCUUCUUCUCCAAAGGAGAUAUGACAGCCGGCAAGCUCGAGUAAUACUUCUCGCUACUGGAAGAGUAGGUGGGUUGGGGAGUGGAGUGGUAGUUCUCGUACUUGAACGCGUUGGAUUUGUAACCUUCGGGGGUUUUGAUGGUGUUGGUGACGUAUUCGGAGCUGGAGUAGCCGUCCGAAUAGUGUUUGUCGUAAGGUUGGGAGUAGGUGUCGUUGGGGGAGAAAAUGGAGUUUUGCGAAUAGGGGUUGUAGGUGGGCGAGUGGUCGAUGUGAUCGUAUAUCGAGUUGUUGGUGUGCGGUCUGAGGUUGGUCUUGUUGUGCUCUAAAGAGUUGACUUUCUGAGGGCUCUCUAGGUGAGAGUAGGUGUCGGAGUAGUAUUUCUGCUGCGGGCUGGAUUGCGAGUGCGACGAAUCGUAUCCCCUGGUGCUCCUGGAAAU